ACUGUGAAUAUGCGUAAGUAUGCAAAACACUGGCGGGAUUCCGCAUCGCUGAUCAUCGUGGCACGCAAUCACGGCAAUGUGUCCGAUGCCGAUGGAUACAAUUACAAGGUGCUCGUUUUCAAACGCACCGAAAAAACAAGCUUCCUGCCGAACCACAUCGUAUUCCCGGGCGGUUCGUUCGAUCCGCAGGACGACUCACCUCGGUGGUUGUCGUACUUUCGUCAGCAAAACGUUCCCGAUAGCUCCGUACAAGCACUGGCCAAUGUAUCCGGUCCCCGGCCAUACAUUUUCCAAACCACCGACAGUGACACCCUCGACCGUAACCUUUCCCUCCGGCUUUGCGCCCUGCGGGAAGCCUUCGAAGAGCUCGGAGUGUUACUAGUAUCCGACAGUCACGGAAAGCUCCUGGAUGGUUUCAGUCAAGCAAAGAAAGAGUUCCCCGCGGUGCAAUGGCAGCAAGCGAUUCACGAAGGGGUAAAAAGUUUCCUAGAACUGUACGAAGAAUUAAACGAACUUCCGGACAUCUUUGGCCUAUACGAGUGGUCAGUGUGGAUCACGCCGACCACGUUUCGCCAGAAACGCUUCGAAACGGCUUUCUUUCUGGCGGCCCUCAACGAACAAGCAGCGAUUUAUCCUGAACCGUUUGAAGUGGCCGAAUACAUGUGGGGUUCCCCCCGGAAUCUGCUUGAUAAGCAUGCCGCAAGGGUGCUAUGGUUAGCACCACCACAAGCCUACGAACUGCAACGUAUGAGCCACGUGUACGAUAUCGAUGAGCUUGUGGAGUUUGCUCGCAAACGGAAGGAUCACGGAACGACCGCGUUCUGCCCGGUUGGUUACAACGCGUCUGACGUGUCCUUAGGAGUACUCCCGGGCGAUGAUCUGUAUCCGGAAGACUACGAUUUUAUCAGCGCAAACGAGCACGUGGACCGAUAUAACGCACUGUCCGCCAACGAGUUGACCCUAAUGGCACGGAAUUUGCAUCGAGUUGAACACCGUGAUUCGAAUGUUCAAAAAUAUCUUCACAACGGACCACCCGUAGACGGUCAUUUGCAUGUGCUCGGACAUAACCGAGGCAAGCUAAAGGGAAAAUUGUGA